UGUGGUCAUUUUGCACUUUAUAAGUGAAUCACAGGCUACAGAUGGAUGGAGAAUGAAUACAGAAAGACUUUUACUGUGCCUGGUACUUUGUACGAAAACGGAUAUGAUAUAUGUGAAGUUGAAUCACUAUGGAUUCUGAGUAUUUUAUAUAUACAUACACACAUUUUGGACAAAUGCCUGCAUGUUUGUAAAAAAACAGCCCUCUUUAGUCUCCACCCACCUAACGCUUCCUAGAAAAAAAAAGAAAAGAAAAAAGAAAAAGAUGCUGCUGCUGCUCUCUUUGUUCCACGGCUUUAAAAAAUGAACAAGCGAUGGACUCUACUCUUCUACUGUUUCUCAGAAUUCUUCAUCUUUGUGUCAGUAUCCAGCACUUCAGCUCAGAAAGUACUGAAUGGAGCUGUAGGAGAGUCUAUUACACUCCCAACUCGAGUGUUUGAAUCUGGCACUAUUGUUUAUGAGGGCAAAAACAUUGGACAGAUGAUGAAUAAACAGCUGCAAUCUUUCAGAGAGUUUACGAAUCGUCUCCACUGGGACAGUCAGAGUGGGUUCUUCACUCUCUCACUCCUGAGAACAAAUGACUCAGGUGUUUAUACUGUAGACAACCCUAAAGAGGAUAAGAAAGAUGUCUAUGAGCUGAAUGUAUAUGAUAAAGUUUCAGCACCGCAGGUGAAGAAACUCAACUCCAGUCCAUCAGAGAGUGAACUCUGCUCAUUGCAGUGCUCAGUGAGGAAUGUGAGGGGACUGAAUCUGUUUUGGUUUAAAGCCAAAGUCUUAUUAAACCACACAAACAGUUCCAGUCUAAAUGACACAUUGAAUCUCUUUCUGGAAACUGCGAGGACUGAUCAUGACACUUACACCUGUGUGACUUCCAACCCAGUCAGCAUGCAGACGAUCACAGUCAACAUCAAAGAGCACUGCCAACCAGUUCUUGUAGGUGCACCACAUAGGUCAAAUAUCAUUGCAAUUGUACUUCCUGUGAUUUUUGUACUGCUGAUAAUAGUGAUGGUCAUACUUUUGCGGAGAAGAAAACGUCACUCUGAAAACAGUCGGCACACAGAAGGCGGACUCAUCUGCAACAGAAGGACUGAAUGAAGAAGUGCAAUAUUCUGUGAUAAAUCAUAAAAAUCAUGCUCAGAAACAUGUAUGUGAACCUGCCUCACAGGAAAUGCAUCAGCUAACUACAAUUUAUGACCGGAUUCGGCCGCUUGAUUCAGGGGCUUCUGUCCAGAGCGGAUACGUGUAGAUGAAAACAGGAAAGUGGUCAUCAGAGUGUUUAUAUGAAGAAAAACAAAUUGUGGCACGAUAUGAAGAGCAGAGUUCCAGAGGAAAUUCACAUGUUCAUGAAGAAAGUCAUUCUUACUGCGUAAUUAAUUUUUUUCAUUGGUUUCCUGACAAUACCACCUAUCAUACCUACAAUUUUAAAGAGAACCCUGACUGUUAAGACUAGUCUAUGGAGGUGCAUGUGUCUAAUACUAUUAAAAUAUGAUAAGUCCCUGGACAAAAAUGUCUCCAUGCAUGUUUAAGGUGGUAGUAACUUCAGGCCCUUGUAGAUAAUGUUGCACAAGGAUGAUCAGGCUAUAAAUUUCUACAGGGUGUGCAAUGGGAUUCAUAGAUUGAGAAGAGGUGGUACAGAGCAGUGAAGGUCUCAUUCCAUGUGCGGAAAAUGGGUCGUAAAGCAGAUGUUAAUGAUUGGCAAAAAGGGGUGAUUGCAUUUGGGUGUGUCAAAGACCACAGUGUGAAGGAAGCAGAUAAAAUUGCAGGUAUUUGGAGGUCGACCAGGAGUGGCAAAAACCCCAGUCCACAGGAAAUCCUCUUUAGAAUUGUGGCCAAAAGACAAAACUGACCGGCGUGUUUCACGGCUUGUGAAUAAAAAUCACAUCACUUCCAGGCAAAAAUUGGACUGGCCAGCAAAAUCCCCAGAUUUAGAUGCUCUUUUUAAAUCUGUGGAACUACCUGGAACAAUGAGCAAGACGCCAGAGAAGGCAUCCACGAAGUUUGGCCGACUGCACAAUUUUUUGAUGAAUGUCUGAGCAUUGAUGUCACCUACAUCGUGAAACUUGUCCAGUCCAUGCCAAAUCGAAUUGUAGCUGUUAUUUAUGCUUGUGGCAGUAUUGCAUGCUAUUUGGUACGUUUGUGUCACAGGUGACUAAUUUCACCUGGUCUGAUGAGUUUCUAAACCAAAUGAAAAUGUUUUGAUUAUUAUAAAAGCCAUGACAAAUUUGCAAAAUCCCUCUACUGGACUGGACUAAAAAAAAUAAGACAAUGAAAAAAACUUCUGCUGGGUAGUGUAAUGCUCUAGUUAAGUUGGUAAGGAUUAAUCAUUUAUUAAUUACAUUAGGUAUUUAGCUCCCUGUUAGGUGGACAACAGAGAGAGAACUACUUAAUGCCACAACAAAGAUGAGAAGUAUUUUGUUUGGUUAAUAAAACACAUUUUAGUAUUACUGCACAUGUACUUUGAUUGAGGUGUUAGAGUCUUCACAGUCAUGAUUCCCUUUAAAAAAAAAAAUUAAAAGGUGCCCAGAGUUCUUUGUUUGAUGCCAUAGAACAUGUGUCAAACACCAGAUCAGGCCUGCAGCAUAAUCCUAUCCAGCUUGCAAAAUUAUUUCCAUUUUCUAUUGAUAUUAGCCCGUUUCACAACAUGCUGAACCAUAAUCCCCAUCAUGCACGGCAGCAUAAUGUGCAUAAUAUGGUUAUAUAGCCUAUUGUAAUUAUGCAUAAUGUUGUGUACACAAAUGUAUAAUACCUGUUACCUUUUAUAUUGUGUGUACAUUUCAUGAUGAAUGGAACAACACAGCCUAAAUAUAUUUGGGGAAAAAAGUCUGGUUCCAUUGAUUUACAUUGAAAGUAAAGAAAGUUUUUUCCUUCCUCCAAAGUUAUCAUUUUGCGGAUACAAGGUUUUGUUCUGACAGCAGUAAUAUAUCUAUAACUAUCUAUACAUUUUGAAUCCUUUCUAUUUGUCCAUUCAUCAUGAAGUUUUAAUACAAUGUAAAGGCUGAUAUGUCCAAAUUAUGUUAAAUUUUUAAAAAAAGAUUUUUUUAAAAAUUUUCUUGACAGUGACGAUAUCUCCUUUACAAAAAAGGUUCCCUGAAGAUACAUCUGCUUCUUGAAGUAGAAGAAGCUAGAAAGGUUUCCUAGGCCAUCGAAAGUGGUUCUUCAAUGGCUUUAAAGGCAUCACACUGAGAACCCUUUUGGGCACCUCAUUAUUACUAGAGCCUCCUGUUGCCUUCAAGUGAAAAUGUAUAAAUAUGUACUAAUUUAAGAAGUUUAUUUUAUGCUAUGUUUUUUUUAACUUAAACUGUCUUACUAAUGUAUGUCCUGAAUUCAACCAACCCUUUGCAAACUUUUAAUGGCAGCUGCAAGACUUUGUAUUAUUAUUAUUACUAUUAUUAAUGAAGGAUGAGAGUUCAUGCAGAGCUUUCUGCGUUUUGAAGUUCUGAUGCAAAACGCAUAAUUUGCAACUGAAGUUAAGGGCAAGGGCUCUGGAUUUGUUUAAUGCAAAUAACAUACUGAAGUAAUCACUCAACUGCUCCAAAGUACAUUUCAGUUAGAAAAUGUCCCAGAACAUUUAAUUAUUCUUAUUAUAAAACUGAACUUCAAAGAGCUCUCAGUGUCUUGCCAGUCUCACACCCGUAUGCAAAUAGCAUUUACAAUCCAGGGUGCAGCUGUUCUUUUAUCUGAUACGAGACCGACGAGGGGAGAGCAAUCAGGAUGUCGUUAUUUUGGUUCCUCUUUGUAAACGGAACAUGUCUAUGAAAAGGUGGGAACCAGGCUAAACUCAUAAAUCAAUCAGCUUGGAUAAAUAUAACACCUGCUGUAAACUCAGAGUUAGAUUUCAGGUCAACACAUCUCAGGUUUUAUAGACCAAAGCUGGAUCAACCACAUACUACACGUAUAUCACACAAGUAUGUACUAUGAAUGCAGAUGAACUGUAUAGUAUAGUAGUAUGUGGUUUGGGGUGCAGCCUUUUGUGUUUUAAGCCCUGCUGUUAACGUUCAAACGUGACUGUUUGAACUAUUUAUUCACUGCUUUCAUUUCCCCGCUCUUGUGGUUAUAUCCUGCAUGUUCAGUCUAGAGUGCUUAUAUUUGUUUUCUUAUAUUUGGUUUCUAGUCUUUUCCUACUGCUCGUUCCUGCUUUGUUCUUCACCAGCCUAGUUAAUAGAAUUCACUGCACCACAUGUAAACAUGUUCAAUAUCUGAAUGGAGCCCUGCAGCACUUCCUUGUUAUCCAUAGUACAUAUUUAUACUUCUUUAUUAAAAACAUCAGACAAAAAUA